GGAGAAACCCGGUUAGGCCACGCCACCAUGGCGGAGUCUGCGACGGCGGGCUCCACCACCGCUCUGACGUCGCGCUACACCGGAACGACGGGCGCAAGCUCAACGGCGGCUACAAGCUCGACCAGUAGGCAUGAGGGUCCUCCCAUUCACGGAGACCACGCCUCAGCACCGAGGCAGAGGCAUCAGAAGCAUAGUAAACAUGGCAGAGAAGGACAUCAUGCCCAACAACAAGAUAUCGUCGUGGUCAUGGACAUUCCUGGCAAGUCCAAGCCGUAGUUGGGCUCCUGUUUGUCUUCCUGACUGUUCUACUGGUUACUCUGUGCUACGUGCUGUUCACUUUUCUCACAGGACCGUGAAGCAUGCAGGGAGGCAGAGAAGGUCUCAUAUGCGGAAUGGACCGGGAUGAGUGCCCCACUUCUUCAUGGAGCCGGCUCCGUAUCAGAGCUGCACCUGCACCAACGACGCACGCUUCGCCGAUGGUCACGGAGGAGACAACCACAUACGAUACUAGCGAGGUUACCUCAGACUUUACCACGCCUCCUUCUGGUGCCGUUUCUCCUCCACGUCCUCCUCCGCCUUCUCCUGCACAUCCUCUCCUUCCUGCUCCCCCUCCACCUCCACUUCCACCACCUCCUCCUCCUCCGCCUCCUCCGCGUCCCCGGCCUCCUCCCCCGCCUCCUCCUCCUCCGCCUCCCCCACCUCCACCGCCUCCUCUGAGGCCCCACCCUCGACCCCAACCUCGACCUCCGCCUUCUCCUCCGCCUCCUCCUCCACCGCCUCCCCCACCUCCACCGCCUCCUCCACGUCCCCGGCCCCCUCCCCCGCCUCCUCUUCCUCCGCCUCCCCCACCUCCACCGCCUCCUCUGAGGCCCCACCCUCUACCCCAACCUCGACCCCCAUCUUCUCCUCCGCCUUCUCCUCCACCUACUCCCCUACCUCCACCGCCUCCUCCACCUGCCGCGUUUCCCCGACCUCCUUCGCCUAUGCCUCCACCUCCUCCCCCACCACCUCCCCCUCCUCCACCUCCACCACCUUCUCCGCGUCCCCGGCCUCGUCCCCAGCCUCAUCCACCGCGUCCUCCUCCCUCCCCUGCACCCUACGCCAACUCCACCUCCACCUCAACUCCACCUCCAUCGCCCUCCCCGCGUCCCCGGCCUCGUCAACCGCGUCCUCCUCCACCUUCUCCCCCACCUGCCCCGACUCUUUCACCCUACGCUAACUCCACCUCCACCUCAACUCCCCCUCCACCGCCUCCUGCGCCUCCCCGGCCUCGUUCACCGCGUCCUCCUCGACCUACUCCCUCACCUCGACAGCCACCUUCACCCUACGCCAACUCCACCUCCACCUCAACUCCAGCUCCAUCGCCCUCCCCGCGUCCCCGGCCUCGUCAACCGCGUCCUCCUCCACCUUCUCCCCCACCUGCCCCGACUCCUUCACCCUACGCUAACUCCACCUCCACCUCAACUCCCCCUCCACCACCUCCUGCGCGUCCCCGGCCUCGUUCACCGCGUCCUCCUCGACCUACUCCCUCACCUCGACAGCCACCUUCACCCUACGCCAACUCCACCUCCACCUCAACUCCACCUCCAUCGCCCUCCCCGCGUCCCCGGCCUCGUCAACCGCGUCCUCCUCCACCUUCUCCCCCACCUGCCCCGACUCCUUCACCCUACGCUAACUCCACCUCCACCUCUACUCCACCUCCUCCGCCUCCUACGCGUCCCCAGCCUCGUCAACCGCGUCCUCCUUCACUUUCUCCCCUACCUCCCCCGACUCCUUCACCCUACGCCAACUCCACCUCCACCUCAACUCCACCUCCACCGCCUCCUCCACCUCCCGCGUCUCGCCCACCUCCCGCACCUCCUUCUCCCCCACCUCCAGCUCCCUCAACUCCACCUCCUCCCUCACCUCCUCCUGCGCCUACGCCGCCUCCUGUGACUUCUUCGAGUUCCCCGCCUACCCCUGUUAAACCGCACGCCAUGGGCACCAGGCCGCUAUUUUGCACGUUCGGCGUCCACGAGCAGGACUACACGAAGAUCGACGUGCGCCCCUGCGACUACGCCUUCAUCCCUUUCUACGCGCGUGGCAAGGACACGUUCAUUGACGACAGCGACCCGGUCACCACGGGUUUGAUCAACAGGGCGGCUGCGUCGACGAAUACGUCCUUCGUCAUCAGCGUCCCCAGCGCGAACCACUCGAAAAUCAUGGCAGAUAUCACCAGCCUUCCUGGGAAAAACAAGAUGGAGCUCUACUGGACGACAAAGAAGAUCUACCAUUAUGCGGUUUUCGACAUCGGCGUAAAGAAAAGUGAAGCUGGCCAAGAAAAAACGAUCGUGGAAGCAGCGUUCAAUUUACUAAGGGAAUUCAGAAAUCUGCAGCAGACUUUCAAGACAAAGAAUCCAUCACAGCCGAACCCCGAUCGCGGAUUUAUCGUGGCGAGCUUCUACCUAUGGCCGGGCGCCGAAACUACCCCGCUUACGGUGUUCACCGAAAACGUUGUGAGAUUCCCUCUGGAUGCCAUCAUUAUCCUGACGCAUCUGACGGUCGACGAACACGAGGCGGGUCUGCCGUGUGUGAUCACGGGAGGGGCGCCUUACAUUGUGGAGCAAGUUACAAACAUUUUGGGCAUGCAAGAUGUUAUGAAGAGAAUGGCGAAGCAGCAACAGUGGGUCACGGAGACCACCUUAACGAUCUCUGUGUCCCUCUGCACGCGCGUCUACAUGCCAGUAAAGGGGCAUGCCAUGGGCGACAAGUGCGUGGACCACAUGCACCGCCCCAACACCACGGCUGCCUUCUGCAAUGAGCAAGCGGCAAUCUACGCCACUUCCAGCACCCUCCGCCAACUUUACCACACGGUGAAGAGCUCGAGUCGCAGCCGACCGCCUCUGGUUGCAACAUUUGAUACAAAUGAAACCGUCAGCACCAAGUACUGCAAGCUCAGAAGCGAAUUCCAGAACCUUGAAUUCGGCUUGUCCCUUUUCGACUUGGAAUGCGAGGACUGGGCUAACAGCUGCAACGAUAUGAAUACACCGAUGCCCGGCACGCAGAGGUUCAAGGACUUGACCGACCACUUCUCCAAAUUGAGGAAGAUAGGUUCCCGCGGACUGCCUUGCUAGCGGACCUACGUGCUUCGCUGGUCGACGAUCGCCGACUCCGUGACCAUCGACAUGUUCAGUGUGUGGUGAAUAACCGGCUGUUCUUCGUGGCUGGGCAACCCCAUAGACUAAUGAUAUAGUACGAACAUUACCGUGUACUAUUUGUGCGUGUAACGUACGCGCGUCAUACAGUGCGCUCUUCGUUGCCAGUACGUUAAACUUGACGAAUGUUUGCGCUGAACCAGCGCAAACAGGUGUGAAUUAGCCAGGCAUAGAAAGUUUGGUUUAUUAAUUAUAUUCAACUGGCGCAUCGCCGUCGUGUUACGAUCUUUAUGUGUAGUGAAACUUCGCGCGACGUUGAAUUGUUUGAUUUGCUGAGUGCGUCUCUGCUCAAAUUUACGAUUUCUUUCACGUGUGUGGUGAAGAUUCGCGAGUUAUUGGGUCGGACACAUCACCGCAAUGCCGAUGCUGUUCAGAUCACCGAUGCUUUUACGAGAAUUCUAUUGUGCUCGAAAGACGUUGUACUGUUCUGACGUAAUGUUUGUUUGCUUAAGCGCACAGUACAGUCAUUCGCAAAGGUCUCCACUGACCUAGCGUCGCCGGAGACUUGGUCUGAUAUUUUGUGCGGUGCUCGUGAUAUUAUUAUUUUUUAAAGAAAAAUAAAAUAUUCGGUGAGCUUUACGCGAGGCAUAUGAAAAAAAAAUCAAAAGACGUCAAAUAAACGCACGCAACGCUGUUUGAUGAAGGUA